UGUGUCCUGACCAUUAUUUUAGAGACUGCGUGCCAAGGAUAUGGUCUGUCCCCCACGAUGACUAUCACAUGUGACCAGGGAUCGACGAUCAAUAUCAUCAAAGGAGCUUGUGUGAGGGUUACUAAUUGCAGUGCUUAUAACCCCUCCCUGGACAGUCAGUGUGAUGAAAGCGACAAGACGACUGGCUGGGCUACAUAUUGCAGGACCGCCAAUCCAUGUAUAAUCACUGGGACAUGCAAGUCAGGUGAAACAUGCCCAGGGGAGUACACAUAUAUUUACGCCGAUUAUGAAUGUAUUCCAGAUGAAACAACUACACCAACCACUGUCACGGGACGGACAUCCGAAGCUCAAGUGCCAGUUCCUGCCCAAUACGAUCCGACCCACAGAAAGGCUGCUCUCUUCAAACGGGUUAAAGGAUGGCGCCUUCAAAAUCACGUGAUCAAAACCAAACAAGGAACCUCAUUGGUCAGAUGUGGGGCUGAGUGUAACGGUCAAGACGGGUGCGUGUCGUUUAAUGUCUGCAAUGGUGUGUGUCAGCUCAACGAUGGGAUGGUUGGUGGCGAUGGUGUAGCUGAGGGCGACUAUGUUGUAGAUGAGCGGUGUAAAUACUUUGAGAAGCAAUAAGCCUAAAACUAUAACUACAUAAAGGAUAUGAUAUGAGCCCUAUGCUAAACAUCGAAAACUGCACAUAAUGUACUUGUGAAAUGU